AAGUGUCCGGACUGGAAGAGGGUGAAAGUGUCCGGACUGGAAGGGGGUAAAAGUGUCCGGACUGGAAGGGGGGGGAAAGUGUCCGGACUGGAAGGGGGGGUGAAAGUGUCCGGACUGGAAGGGGGUGAAAGUGUCCGGACUGGAAGGGGGUGAAAGUGUCCGGACUGGAAGGGGGUGAAAGUGUCCGGACUGGAAGGGGUGAAAGUGUCCGGACUGGAAGGGGGUGAAAGUGUCCGGACUGGAAGGGGGGGAAAGUGUCCGGACUGGAAGGGGGUGAAAGUGUCCGGACU